GGACUGGACGGGACGCUUCUUCAGGAACAACAACACGGCUACUCUUUCAACCACCUCGGUAGUUUGCUAGCCAACAUAAAACUGAACGAUUGACGCUUUAGACCAUGUUUGUGUACAUUAGCUAAUCUCAGUGUUUUAAACACUUUUCUGGUGACGUUUCAACUGGUUAACUUUAACCUAAUUUGCUUAUUCAUUUUGAAAAGGUGUUAAAUAUAACGUUACUGAGGUUAGCACUAGGCUAGUCGCUAAUGCUACCAAACUAGCUAACAUCCCUGACCAUGAGCUCACUAAACUACUCCUCCCCUGGUAAAGAAGAGGAGAAAGAAUCUUUCAGAAUGAAAAAGGAGGAAGAGGAGGUUGGUAUAGUGAAAGAAGAAGAGGAUGUUAUUGGGAAAGAAGAAGAUGUUAUAGUGAAAAAAGAGAAAGCACCUUUUAGAGAGGAAGAGGAUUCUAUCUCAAUAAAGGUGAAGGAGGAAGACGUUUUGGGUGUGAAAGAGGAGGAGACAGAAUAUCAGAUUAACACCAGAGAGAGACAUGGCUAUUAUGGAUCCUCUGGGAAGCCUCAACAACAUCCAGAUGCUGACGAGGCAGAGGAGAGUCUCUCCAGAUCAGAACACCAGAUGGACAACGCUAGCCAUUCCUCCCUCCUGGAGUCCUCGUGUCGUGCCUCUCCCGGUGGCACCUUACUGCUGGGUAUGAAGAGGUUGUCUGUGCUGCUGGUGGACUGCAGGAAAACAACGGGGCUGAGUGGAACUGUGAGAGGAGGAGAAGAGAAGAAAGGAUCAGAUUUGACUCAUCAAAGAGAAAGACCAGACUCAGAGGAACCAGAGCCAGGGACGUCCAAACCAGCAAGAAGACACCAGUGUUCCCAGUGUGGAAAGUGUUUUAAUGAUUUGGGGAAGCUGGAACGACACGAGAGAAUACACAGAGGGGAGAAGCCUUACCACUGCUACCAGUGUGGAAAGGGUUGUAACGAUUUGGGGAAGCUGAAACUACAUGAGAGAAUACACACAGGGGAGAAGCCCUACCACUGUUCCCAGUGUGGAAAGAGUUUUAGCCAGGCAGGUAACAUGAAAAUACACGAGAGAAUACACACAGGGGAGAAACCUUACCGCUGCUCUCAGUGUGGCAAGUGUUUUAUCCUGUUAGGGGCCCUGAAGCAACAUGAGAUAAUACACACUGGGGAGAAGCCUUACCACUGCUCCAAGUGUGGGAAGAGUUUUAAUCGGUUACACGCCCUCAAAUAUCAUGAGCGUAUACACACAGGGCAGAAACCUUACCACUGCUCCCAGUGUGGAAAGACUUUUAACCAUUUAGGGGAAUUCAAAAAUCAUGAGAGAAUACACACAGGAGAGAGACCUUACCAUUGCUCUCAGUGUGGCAAGUGUUUUAACCUAAUAAGGUCCCUGAAACAUCACGAGAGAAUACACACGGGGGAGAAGCCUUACCACUGCUCCCAGUGUGGGAAAAGUUUUAACCAGUUAGGGAGCCUGAAAAGACACGAGAGAAUACACACAGGGGAGAAGCCUUACCACUGCUCCCAGUGUGGAAAGUGCUUCAACCAGUCAGGGGAUCUGAAAAAACAUGAGAGAAAACACACAGGGGUGUUGCCAGUUGUCAGAGUGGAAGAGGAGGAGGUAGAAGCUUUCAGAAUCAAAAAGGAGGAAGGUGCCAUAACAUUGAAAGAAGAGGAAGAACCUUUUGGAGUGAAAGAGGAAGAGGCGGCUAUCUCAAUUAAAGAGGAGGAGGAAGACAUUUUGGGAGUGAAAAGGGAUGAGGCUGAAGAUUCGAUUAAGACCAGAGAAAGACCAGACUCGGUGGAUCCAGAGCCAGGGACGUCCAAACCAGCAAGAAGACACCAGUGCUCCCACUGUGGAAAGGGUUGUAACCGGUUUUGGGACCUGAAACAACAUGAGAAAAUACACACAGGGGAGAAGUCUUACCACUGCUCCCAGUGUGGAAAUAGUUUUAAAGAUUUAGUGAACCUGAAACAACAUGAGAAGCCUUAUCACUGCUCCCAGUGUGGAAAGUGUUUCAGCCAGUCAUUGGACCUGAAACGGCAUGAGAGAAUUCACACAGGGGAGAAGCAUUUCCACUGCUCCCAGUGUGGGAAGUGUUUCAGCCAGUCAUCGGACCUGAAACGGCAUGAGAAAAUCCACACAGGGGAGAAGCCUUACCACUGCUCCCAGUGUGGCAAGUGUUUUAACCGGGUAGGGAACCUGAAACAACAUGAGAAAAUUCACACAGGGGAGAAGCCUUUCCACUGCUCCCAGUGUGCAAAGUGUUUCAGCCAGUCAUUGGACCUGAAACGGCACGAGAGAAUUCACACAGGGGAGAAGCCUUUCCACUGCUCUCUGUGUGGCAAGUGUUUCACCCAGUUAGGGAAUCUGAAACAGCACGAGCUAGUACACACAGGGGAGAAGCCUUUCCACUGCUCCCUGUGUGGCAAGUGUUUCACCCAGUUAGGGAAUCUGAAACAGCAUGAGCUAGUACACACAGGGGAGAAGCCUUUCCACUGCUCCCAGUGUGGCAAGUGUUUCAACCGGUCAGGACAACUGAAAGUUCAUGAGCUUGUACACACAGGGGAGAAGCCGUACCACUGCUCCCAGUGUGGCAAGUGUUUCAAACAUUCGGGGGAUCUGAAAAAACACAAAAGAAUACACACAAGGGAGAAUCCUUACCACUCCUCCCAGUGUGCAAAGCAUUUGCCCAUUUUAACAUCCCUGACCAUGAGCUCACUGAACUACUCCUCCAUUGCUAAUGAAGAGGUCUGCUUUACGGAGAAAGAAUCUUUCAGAAUGAAAAAGGAGGAAGAGGAGGCUGUUAUAGUGAAAGAAGAGAAAGAACCUUUUAGAGAGGAAGAGGAUGCUAUCUUAAUAAACGUGAAGGAGGAAGACGUUUUGAGAGUGAAAAAGGAGGAGACAGAAGAUCCGAUUGACACCAGAGAGAGACAUGACUAUGGUGGAUACUCUACGGAGCCUCAACAACAUCCUGAUGCUGACGAGGCAGAGAAGAGUCUCUCCAGAUCAGAACACCAGAUGGACAACGCUAGCCCUUCCAGCCUCCCGGAGUCCAUGUGUCGUGCCUCUCCCGGUCGCACCUUACUGCUGGGUAUGAAGAGGUUGUCUGUGCUGCUGGUGGACUUCAGGAAAACAACGGGGCUGAGUGGAACUGUGAGAGGAGGAGAAGAGAUGAAAGGAUCAGAUUUGACUCAUCAAAGAGAAAGACCAGACUCAGAGGAACCAGAGCCAGGGACGUCCAAACCAGCAAGACGACACCAGUGCUCCCAGUGUGGAAAUAGUUUCAAUGGGUCAGGGGAUCUGAAAAAACACGAGAGAAUACACACAGGGGAGAAGCCUUACCACUGCUCACAAUGUGGAAAGAUGUUUAACCGGAAAGGACACCUGAAAGCUCAUGAGAAAAUACACACAGGGGAGAAGACUUACCACUGCUCCCAGUGUGGGAAGAGUUUCAACCGGUCAGGGGAUCUGAAAAAACAUGAGAGAAUACACACAGGGGACAAGCCGUACCACUGCUCCCAGUGUGGAAAGUGUUUCUACCAGUCAGGGGAGCUGAAACAGCAUGAGAGAAUUCACACAGGGGAGAAGCCUUACCACUGCUCACAAUGUGGGAAGAGUUUCAACUGGUCAGGGGAUCUGAAAAAACACGAGAGAAUACACACAGGGGAGAAGCCUUACCACUGCUCCCAGUGUGGAACGAGUUUCAACCAGUCAGGGGAUCUGAAAAAACAUGAGAAAAUUCACACCGGGGAGAAGCCUUACCACUGCUCACAAUGUGAAAAGAUGUUUAACCAGAAAGGACACCUGAAAGCUCAUGAGAAAAUUCACACAGGGGAGAAGCCUUACCACUGCUCCCAGUGUGGCAAGUGUUUUAGCCAGUUAGGGAGCCUGAAACAACAUGAGAGAAUUCACACAGGGGAGAAGCCUUACCACUGCUCCCAGUGUGGCAAGUGUUUUAGCCAGUUAGGGACCCUGAACCAGCACAAGAGAAUACACACAGGGGAGAUGCAUUACCACUCCUCCCAGGGUGCAAACUUUUGCCAAAUUAGGAAGCCUAAAAGAACAUGAGACACAGAGGAUAAAAGCUCAGAUUUUGGGAAAACAUAUUACUCAUAAUAAUCACUUAAACGUCAUUAGAGAAUCCACACAAGAGAGAGAAAUUACUUCUCUUAGCGUGCAUAUUGAUAUUUCACAUCUCAUUGACUCACAACUCAUCAGAGAACAUACACAGUGCUCCCAUUGUCUUAUAUUGUUGACUGAUAAUGUGUUGACCUGUUUUUACCAGAUGAAAUUGCUUCUUCCAAUUAUUGAUAAACAUGUACCUGUUAAGAAACUGACUGUUAGAUAUGUUAAGGCUCCAUGGAUUGAUCAGGAAUUUAAAAACUGUAUGUUUGAAAAAGUUGGGGCCAAAGGAGUGGAUAAUAGAUAUAGACAGAUAUAGCUAUCUGACAUAUUUU